GUGAUGGACAACGACAACACAAGCUCCUUUGAGGGCUUCAUCCUCGUGGGCUUCUCUGACCGUCCCCAACUGGAGCUGGCCCUUUUUGUUGUCGUCCUCACUUUUUAUCUGCUGACUCUGUUUGGCAAUGUGACCAUCGUCUUGCUCUCUGCUCUGGAUUCUCGGUUGCACACACCAAUGUACUUCUUCUUGGCCAAUCUCUCAUUCCUGGACAUGUGCUUCACCACCGGCACCAUCCCUCAGAUGCUCUACAACCUUUGGGGCCCAGAUAAGACCAUCAGCUACCUGGGCUGUGCCAUUCAGCUCUACUUCGUCCUCGCCCUGGGCGGGGUGGAGUGUAUUCUCUUGGCUGUCAUGGCCUAUGACCGCUAUGUCGCUGUCUGCAAACCCCUACACUACACCGUCAUCAUGCACCCGCGUCUCUGUGGGCAGCUGGCAUCCAUGGCAUGGCUGAGUGGCUUUGGUAAUUCGCUCAUCAUGGCACCACAGACGUUGAUGUUGCCCCGCUGUGGGCACCGGCGGGUGGAUCACUUUCUCUGUGAGAUGCCGGCACUGAUUGGCAUGGCCUGUAUCGACACCAUGAACCUCGAGGCCCUGGCAUUUGCCUUGGCCAUCUUCAUCAUCUUGGCACCGCUCAUCCUCAUCCUCAUCUCUUACAGUUAUAUCGCACGAGCCGUCCUGAAGAUCAAGUCGGCCUCUGGGCGGAAGAAAGCCUUCAACACGUGCAGUUCCCAUCUCAUUGUUGUCUGUCUCUUCUAUGGGACCAUCAUCUACAUGUACCUUCAGCCCGCAAACACUUAUUCUCAGGACCAGGGCAAGUUCCUUACCAUUUUCUAUACAAUUGUCACUCCCAGCGUUAACCCUUUGAUCUAUACCCUGCGAAACAAAGAUGUUAAAGAGGCUAUGAAGAAAGUGCUAGGCAAGGCAAGCGCAGAAAUAUAA